AUGGACCACAGCCUUGCUCCUGCUACUCCGGAGAUGCAGCCGCCCGGAGCCCCAGGUCCUGGAGCUGCAUUCUCCCACGGCCACUUGCUGGGACCCUCUGCCUGCCCCUCAAGGUUUCGUGAGGGGGUGCCCCAACUCAUUCCUGUCCUCAGGAAGACCAUCUGCCUGGAUGCCUUUCCACAAAGCUCCAUCCCACAAGCUUCUAGUCGACCGGGCCGUGGCUCCAAAGUUCGAAGUGUGGCCCCACAGGAGAUGGGCAACACCCCAGGGGCUACCCCUGGCAACACCCUUGUUCCCAAGAAGUUCAGUACGAUUUCCUUAACACUCCGUCAGAACAGCCAGACACAGGCCCAGGACCCCCAGCCUUCUCACUGGGAAGAGGUGCCCACCCCAGUCAGUGAGGCUGCUACGGGUGGAGGUAGGAGGCUGCCCGUGCCAGGUUCACCACAUAUGUCCCGGGUGCCAUGGGACAGGGUCCACGCCCAGGGCAGAGGAAGCUCAGGUCUGGCCAAACCCAGAAAGAUGCCCACUGUGGAAAAGCAUGUGGUGAGUUCCCACCUGGCCCUACCUUUCCCAUCUCGAUCACUGGGCCACUCAGACUCCAACCUUGUGGGUCCCAGGUACUCUGCCCCAAUGACUGCCCACAUGCCCCCCAGAGCUUCUCCAGGAAGAGGCAAGCCACGGCCUAGAGGCAUCCCCAAAUCCCAGAGGCAUCUCCAAAGGGCUACCCCUACCUUGGCGCCUGCAAUAGCCAUGGAAUUGACGACUGUGGACACAGCAAAGGCAGGUGCAGCUAGACAUUUAGCUACCAUGGCCACCAGUAGACCGGGCCUGGCCAUCGGUUUGGACUCACUCAACCCAGCCAGACUAGACCUAGGAAGCCCUCUAGACGUCCCUGCCCUGGAGACCACUCGGGGCACAGCCAUGGACUUGACUACAGAAGGAAUAGCCAAGUCAAGCAAAUCCCUGAACUUGACCACAGCAGGCACCACCAAGCUUGGCCCGGCCAUGAGUUUAAUAAUAGGACGUAAGGGAUCAGGGAUCCUCAAGGCGAUGGCAGGCCCAGGCAAGCUGGAUGUGACCACAGCGAGCCCAGGCAAGGACAUGGCCACCUCAGACCCUGUCAAGCUGGGCUCAGCCAGGAAUAUGGCCGCAGUGAGCAGAUCCUUGGAUUUGACUAGAGCAAAUACAGUCGAGCUGGACCAAACCAUGGAUUUUCUUGUUUCGGACCCAAGCAGGCAGGACACAACCAUGCAUUCAGUUGGGCUGGUCGGGCCAGACCCAAACACUGGGGAGACUAUACUAGACAGUGUAAUCAACGUGGCCACAUCAGACAAGGCCAUCUACCCACUGAUGCCAGGAAGAAUCACAGACCUAGCCCUGGACCAGACUAGAGCCGAUGAUGCUGUCACAGAGCUCACCACGCUGGAUCUGACCAGUCAAGUGCAAGGGUUCCCAGAGGCAGGGACCGACGCAGCCAUGUCAGAGCUGGUGCCUGAGCCCAGGCCUAAGCCGGCAGUGCCCAUGAAGCCCGUCAGCAUCAACUCCAACCUGCUGGGCUACAUCGGCAUCGACACCAUCAUCGAGCAGAUGCGCAAGAAGACCAUGAAGACGGGCUUUGACUUCAACAUCAUGGUUGUCGGUCAGAGCGGACUAGGCAAGUCAACGCUAGUCAACACACUCUUCAAAUCCCAAGUGAGCCGCAAGUCUGCCAGCUGGAACCGAGAGGAGAAGAUUCCCAAGACGGUGGAGAUCAAAGCUAUUGGGCAUGUAAUCGAGGAAGGCGGGGUCAAGAUGAAGCUGACGGUCAUUGACACCCCAGGCUUUGGGGACCAGAUCAACAAUGAAAACUGCUGGGAGCCCAUUGAGAAGUACAUCAACGAGCAGUACGAGAAGUUCCUGAAGGAGGAGGUGAACAUCGCCCGGAAGAAACGCAUCCCAGACACCCGCGUCCACUGCUGCCUCUACUUCAUCUCCCCGACCGGACACUCUCUGCGCCCCCUGGAUCUGGAAUUCAUGAGACACCUCAGCAAAGUGGUGAACAUCAUCCCUGUCAUUGCGAAGGCCGACACCAUGACCCUGGAGGAGAAGUCGGAAUUCAAGCAAAGGGUCCGCAAGGAGCUGGAAGUAAACGGCAUUGAAUUCUACCCCCAGAAGGAAUUUGAUGAGGACUUGGAGGACAAGACAGAGAAUGACAAAAUCAGGCAGGAGAGCAUGCCCUUCGCAGUGGUGGGAAGCGACAAGGAGUACCAAGUGAAUGGCAAGAGAGUCCUUGGCAGAAAAACUCCCUGGGGAAUCAUCGAAGUGGAAAACCUCAACCACUGUGAGUUUGCCCUGCUGCGAGACUUUGUCAUCAGGACCCACCUCCAGGACCUAAAGGAAGUGACACACAACAUCCACUACGAGACCUACAGGGCCAAGCGGCUCAAUGACAAUGGAGGCCUCCCUCCGGGAGAAGGCCUCCUCGGCAGUGUCCUUCCACCCGUGCCCGCCACCCCCUGCCCCACUGCUGACUGAAGGCCAUUGCAAGCUGCUUCUCCCUCCAUUCCUCUCAGCUGUUAUUGCUGCAGGGCCGAGCCUGCCUUAGUGCUGUGCUUGUCUAGCCCGCCGCCGCCCCACCCCACCCCAGCAGAUGGGGAGGGCCAGCCGCCUCCUUAGGACAGUUGCUUCCUCCAGUUCCCCAAACCACCUCUCCUCCCAGUGGAACGGAGUUCUCGCCAGUACUACCCUGCUCCAGCGUCUGUGUUGGCUGGCCCUGGCCCGCCCCGUCUGGCCACAGGGAGGAAGAACUUCCCCAGAGCUUCUUCUGCCCUUGUAAACCCAUGCCAGCUCCCGGUCACCCUCUCCAGGGACGUGACAUCGCUCCCUCCCCAUUCAUCUGCAUGAGCUGCUCUUGGCUCCCCUUCAAGGGCCAAGAAAGCAACCUCUUUGGCUUGUCAAAUUCGUGGAUGUCAG